CAGUCUUUUGCAAUUCACGCACACAAGAUCAUUCGGCAUCAUGGACUCGAUGUUGUUUCAAGCAGCUGCGCUUCUUUUCUCCAUAGUCUUGGCUGUUCAGGGUUCAAACCCGAGGGACAGCCAGUAUGCCGCUAAUUUUCCCCCGCUGCCAACCAAAGCACCAGGUGCCGCAGUGGCACCGACCAGGAGCUACUUCUACAAUGAGAAACCCCCACCUGGUGCCGUCCAAGCCAUCACAGACAGCCCGAUAAUCGGCAAAUAUGUGCCUAAAGACAUCACAUCCAAAGUUCACGGAUCAGAGUGCACCGUCUACAGCGAAGCAUUCCCUGAUCAAUAUCUGACGAUGGCCAGCGGCUACGUUCACUUCUACCCUGAGCUGAAGAGGGGCAACCCCAAGGCGGUCGCUGGCCAAUGGGAUUGGAGUGGCGUGUGGAAAAUAACCUGGCUGCCGUACCAGGGCAAAAACUACUUUCAACUCUGGAACCAUGAGACGCACACAUUCCUGACGUACAACGAGACUAAAUACAAUUUCGUCCGAGGCACUACCAAGGACAAAUACGUGGCCAACCUGUGGGACCUGGUGUCGCACACCAAGCCGCACGCCGCCUCCUACUACACCAUCCAGCACUCGCAGCCGCCGAAUGGCUUCCUGCACGCUUUGACCAGCAGAGCCAAAAGUGAAACUCGCCCCGUUGGCAUUUUGCCUCAGCAGCAGCCUAUUAACAAGGACAUCUACCAGUGGAAGAUUAGUUGCGGCACUUGAUUUUGGCAAUAUUAUUUUCGUUAGAAAAAUUUAUAUGACGGGACAUGUUUAAUUGAAUAAUUUUGGUGUGAAAUAAAAUUGAACUUUUAUUGGCAUUA